AUGGACAGGCUCUCAGCGACGACGUUAAGGGGUGCAAGGCUACUGGGCGAUGUCCAAGAGACUAAUCUGGAAAAGCACGAGCAUUGCCAGGUUCUGAUCACACUUCGCUCAGAAUACAACUCAACAACAACAACAUCUACAGUUACAUCCACAGUAACACCCACAAAGCCGAAGCGGCCCAAAUUUUUCCCUAUCCCAGUCCUGAACGCACUUGCCGCACGGAACUUUCGCGCAACUCAAUCGGUUCCGUUGGCUGUGACAGGCCGGCAACUGCCCCUCAUCUACCGGCUUGUUUCGGGGCUCGUGUCGGCCCCUUACUACAGAACGGUUCUUGUGUUUGACACAGAGCACCGCUUUGAUGCUACCCGUCUUUCCUGCAGCCCCGACGACCUUCGUCAUGUUUACGUGCACCGCCCUGCCUUCCAUGACAUCUCCAGCGACAGUAAAGACCGCACAACCACCAGUCGCAUCAGCCCCAAUCAGCUCCGGGAGCUUGUCAUGGCCGCUGAAAACUGGAUGUUUUAUGGUGCCCAUGACAGCAGUGGCCGUGAGUGGUGGGGGACCAUCGUCAUUGGUGCCCUCGGUGCCGGCGACAUCACCGCCGCAUGGAAAGGCUGGCUAAGAGUUGAACGCGCCAAUGUUCCUGGGUUCUCCAUCGGCUGCAGCGCGCAGGAAGCCUUGUCCGACCGGCAGAAACGCCAGGACGCCAUUGAUGCUACACCUUGGGCUGCCUCAUCUCAGUGGGGAAAUUUCAAUUUUACAGAAUCCCAUAAAACAGGGUCUAGUCAUAAUGCAGCGGUCACCCAAAAAGGAUAG